GAGGGCAUCAGUCCAUCAAAAAGUCAUGUAUUUAUCAUUGAUUUCUGCGGCUUUGUGCGGCCUUAUCGUCCCCCAAACCGUCGGCGCCGUCCCUUACGCGCUGCGCAGGGCGGUCCAUGAUUUCACUCCCAGAGCCCAGACACCUAGUCAGAUACAGUUGGACCUUGGUCCGCAAUUAUCCAACGGCUCGACCAUUUACGUCCAGGGAGACGACGAGUUCACGACCGCAACGUCGCGAUGGAACGUAUACGGUCAGCCCAACGUGUCCGUCGUGGUCGAGGUCGCGUCGGCGGCUGACGUUGUGGCGACCGUCCAAUACGCGAACCAAGUGGGUAUGCAAUUCAUCACUGUGAAUCGCGGCCAUGGCAGUACAUACACGCUUGGAAAUGUCCAGGGUGGGAUCGAGAUCUGGGUGACCAAGCUCGACACCGUCACCAUCUCCGAGGAUGGCAACACUGCCGUCGUCGGCGGUGGUUCGUAUGUGGAGAGCAUGAUUAGUGCCCUUGCUGAGUAUGGGAAAGCCUCGGCAAGUGGAGCAUGUGGUUGUGUAGGCAUCGUGGGUGCUGGUCUUGGCGGUGGACAUGGUCGUUUGCAGGGCCACUUUGGGCUUGUCGUCGACAACUUCAUUGACAUUGAUCUCGUUCUAUGGAACGGCACCCAGAUCAGCGUCAGUGAGGAAUCUUACCCCGACCUGUUUUGGGGUCUUCGCAGUGCUGGCCACAAUUUUGGUAUCGUUACGAGCUUCACGUACAAAAUCUAUGAUGAACCAUCACCUGUAUGGUUCUAUGGAGUUUACUACUUCAUGGAGAAUCAGUUGGAGAACAUCUUUGAAGAGAUGAACCGUCAGUCAGAAGCCACACUUCCCCCGGAAAUGGGCCUGUUGCUCCUCGACUACGUUUGGAACACGGACAUUAGCGAAACCGAGCCUGUGCUGGUGCUGUCGAUAAACUAUGGAGGUAGCGCUGACGAUGCGGCCCCCUAUGUUGAUGCGUUCAAGGCCUUUGGGCCCGUCAGCGUAGAAGAAGGAGAGGCACCUUAUUCGCAGAUUGCCAACGCCUCGGGCACAGACGUGGAUGACCCAUUGUGUAGUCAUGGAACACAGCGAAUGCAGUUCGCCGCCGACCUCACCACAUACAACAUCACAACGAACCGUGCCGUCUUCGAACUGUACAAGGAGAAGACAGUCGCCCAGCCCCUGUUCCGGGGCACCAUUGUCGUUUUCGAGAGCUACAGUCUGCAGGGCGUGCAAUCAGUCCCCUCCGAAAACACUGCCUAUCCUCAUCGUGACGACAACAUCAUCUGGACUACCGUGAUUCAGUACGACCCGAACCCCGACUUGGACGCAGAGGCCAUUGCAUGGGGAGAAGAGACGCGCACGCUCGUUCAUGCUGGCCAGGCAUCCAAUGCGACGCUGAAUGUUUACGUCAACUAUGCGUUUGGCAAUGAGACCCUGCCCAGCAUGUACGGUUAUGAGCCGUGGCGAUUGGAGAAGCUGCGGGAUCUCAAGAGGACGUGGGAUCCGUACGGAAAGUUUAACUACUACAUGCCCAUCUCCUAAGAAGGGGUAUGCGCACGCGAGUUGCCGAUCACUCACCAAUGAGUAUGGUACGGACCGCUUACACUGUCUCAAGCUCAGAAUCGCGUCCUAGAUCGGGAUUUCUUUAUCUGAAUUUCUUUGAGUCUUUCUUCUAUUCUGGUACAUCUUUGGUUACAUUAUAAAACAAUAGAUAGACCAGCAGUGGCGAGAAAUUAUACGGAAUCUUCUUCUCUUCGUGGGAUUGGCAUGAUACUUACUGCAACUAUUAUGCAUCGUUUAUUCGCACCUUUGAAUAUCUCUAAAUAUCUGGCCAAAAAAGAAAACUAG